AUGACAUGUGUAUUGAAAAGAACAAGUGGUGAAAUUGAGAAGAGAACGAUAGAAAGUGAUUCAUUCUUUAAAAAGUUUACUUGUCUUUCCAUCCUUGCUCUUGGUAUGGUCUUCACUGCCGAAGCUGCCUCCUUCACUGUGAAGUACUCCAACAAGGAUGUCGAACAAACCGUCGAAUAUGGUGAAUGUCUUCCCAUCAAGAAAGAUGGUGGUAUCCUUGCUACCGUGACCUUCCCCUUGGAUGCUGAAUGUACUGCUUUCGACGAUGAUAACUGUCAAGUUGCAUCUACCACCGUCCCUACUGUCAAGCUUCCUCGUGGUACUGGUCCUUCCCAAUAUACUUCUGGCUCAGGUAUCUGUCGCGCUGUCGCUUAG